UUAUCAGUUACUCGAUACACACCGGCAGACACGUCGGUCGAUAGUGAUACGCGGAUAACUUUGGUUAAUUUAAGACACGAACAUGAUCCGUGAACUUCCUCCCACUUUAGCUAAGAUAGCUAAAGAUGAGUUGAACGAAAAUCCAAAAAGGACGCAAGAAGACGUGCAACACUUGAAGGAGUGGAUCACAAAGCAGCCUCAUUUGAAGGCCCGGACGGAUGACCAGUGGUUGGUAGCAGUCCUGAGAGGCUGCAAGUUUAGUCUGGAAAGAGUUAAGAAGAAAUUGGAUUUAUAUUAUACGUUGAGAACAACGGCACCUGAUGUGACUCUUCGCCUUAAGCCCACUGAAAAUAAGUUUCUGGAGUUUCUACGACUUGGAACUGUUAUCAUCCUUCCCGAGGCGACUGAAAAGUUGUCAACUCGCGUCAUCCUUCUCCGGCCAGGCUCUUGCAACCCUCACACACAUAAUAUAGCCGACAUCAUGUGUGUCUUGACUUAUUUGGUGCAAAUUUUGGUCGUUGAAAGCGAUGCGGCGACAGUACUGGGUACGAAGAUCGUGGUAGAUUACCAAGGCGUCACCAUGGCGCACCUGGCACAGGCCAACCCGACAUUACUCAAGAAAAUGAUAGCUGUUAGCCAAGAAUCAACGCCUCUGCGGUCAAAAGGCAGCCAUCACGUGAACCUACCCGCUGGCAUCGACGCCAUUUUUCAAUUAAUCAAAGGACUCAUAAAUGCAAAAGCUAGAGACAGGUUGAAAAUCCACAAAAACUAUGAAGAAUUAAGGGAAUUUAUACCGCAAGAAUCUUUACCAAAUGAAUACGGAGGCAGUGGCGGAAGUAUUGCAGAAAUAACAGAAUAUUGGGUGAAGAAAAUGGCAGAAUAUAAGUCAUGGAUGCAGCUGGAAGAGACCCUCGGCACAGACGAGUCGCGGCGCGCCGGAGCGCCGCGCACCGCAGAGGAGAUGUUCGGCGCGGACGGCUCCUUUAGAAAACUCGAUUUUGACUGA